AUGAACACACAGUUCAACUCUGCGCUCAAGCAGUCCACCUCGAUCAAGCGCGAUCUCGCCAACCUCUCUUCCUCCUCUGACGGCGCCCCAACACCAGCUGCCUUGGGCUCUAUAUCCGCCGCCCUGACAGCCUUCUCGCGCACGCUCGACGAAUAUAACGCCCUGGCAAAGCAGGAGAUGAAUCCAGUCAAGCAAGACAAGGCCUAUGACCGCAUUAAGAACUUCCGCACCGAACUUUCCGAAUUCCGCACCGAGUUCGCCAACCUCAAAUCCCAACGCGAGGACGCCUCCCACGCCCAGAACCGCUCAGAGCUAUUCGGCAGGCGACCCUUCACAACAUCCACUCCCGAGAACCCGUAUGCGAACGCGACGCCCUCAUCGCCGAGCUCGACAGACCGCUAUGGCAGCAGCAGUGGUGCCGUCGGCGGACAGCUAAGCAUGGGCAGCGACGACUACACGAGAGAGUCACACGCGCUGCGGGAACAGGAUUUCUUCCAAAACACGAACUCGGCCCUGGACGAGUACAUCGCCCGCGGCCAGGCGGUUCUGGGCGACCUGGGAAGUCAACGCGAGAUGCUCAAGCAUACGCAGAAGCGCCUGUACAGCGUGGCCAACACGCUCGGUGUCAGCGGCGACACCAUCCGCAUGGUCGAGAGGCGGGCCAGGCAGGACAAAUGGAUAUUCUGCGGUGGUGCCAUCGUAUUCUUCGCCUUCUGCUGGUUGUGUAUACACUACCUGAGGAAAUAG